GGUGGAUUGGCCUCUCCUUUUUCUUCUUCUUCGUCGUUCUCGAAAAAGAGAUCAAACAAAGCAGAAAAGACGUACCGUUUUUUUAAAGAUUCGACGACUGGAAGGCGUAUCACGCACACUGAGUAUCGGCCAAGAAGCAGAUCUGGAAGCACGCAAGAGCCGGAAGAUGAAGAAAUUCAUGAUUUUGACAUCACUGCCGAGAACGUUCUAGAUGAUGAUAUGCUGUCUUGUUUGGAAGAACAAGAAUUCCCAUCUAUAACACCCUCAGCUGCCACAAGUAUGUGCCUCUAUCAUGCCUUAAUUAUCAAUUUAUUGUAUUUUAAAAAUAAUCAGGACCAUGAGAAUAAGUUUAAAAAAAGUUAGCCAAGUAGAAGAUGUGGCAGGCACAGUUUAGUGUUGUUUUCCUUUAUUACAAUGUGGGUGACUUAGCCUGUGCCUUGGAAGCAGCAAACAGUCUUUUGGAGGAGUGGUGUGCGAACAAGGCACCAUCAAAUCAAAAUUGGGAGCAGCGGAUAUCAAAUCUGAAUGAAAGCUGGGCAGGUGUUCGGCAAAAUUUAUUUAAUUCUGUUCUCUCCACUUUUGGAAUUCAUCCAGAAAGGAGCAUGUGCAGCAAAUGCUUGAAGAAUCCAGCUGUUAUUCGCUGCUACAAUUGUCACAUGCACAGACAAUUAUGUGGUGUUUGUGAUCAAUCUGUUCAUGAAAUACUACCAUUUCAUGAUCGCAGUGCAUUUAAAAGUGGAUUUCUUAAGCCAAUUCCACCCACUGUUUCAGUGGAUCAUAAUGGAGAGUGGGUCUCUGUAGAUAGUUACCUUCCAUUUUCAGAAAUGUGUUUAACAUGUCCUUUUUGUAACAUCUGCAACAUGCAGAGAGUUAGCAAACAUAACAGUUGUGUAGUAGUUAAUCUACAGGCUUGGGUUUUGGCCAGGAAGUGUGAGCAGCCUGACGUACGCGUUCGAUCCCAGGCUGUUCCUACACUGGGAUCUUUUCCAGAAAGAAAGUCCAGGUUCAUCAGAGAGGUUGGAACAAUAAACAGCAAAACAUUUGGCAUUGCUUUCAAAGAAUGGAAGUUUUGUCAAUAUGAGCUUGAUGUUUUACGUAAAAUGGAUUGGAUGGAGUGUCCUUCAUGCAAAGAUAGUCAACAUUCUGUGCAUGUUGAUGGAAAUAUGAAGUUGUACAGGUUUAAAUCUGCUUAA